UGAGUUUCUUAAACAGCAUAGAACCAUAUAUUCUAGGAGAAACAGCUACACAUUUGGCCAGAGCUAUCUGGGGUACAGGGGCCUUUAUGGAGGAAGGACAGGCAGCUAUCUCUCCAGCUAUCAGCAGCGGCAGCAGCAACGGGAUUCUCUGGGGAGCUCAGAAGACAGAGGAGGUUCAGCUGAAGUGGGUCGAAUACAGGACCGCAUCUCUUUUGGUGGGACCACCACCACCACCACUGCUGUACCUGGGUCGACCCCGUCUCCUAAUUAUGUCACCGCUGCUACUACUGUCACUACUAGCACCUCAACCACCAAUUCAGUAUUCAGAAGGUCAUUUGAGCCACCAAAGCGAGAUGAAGAGACAGAGACACAACGAAAGGCUCGGGCAAAACAUGCUCGGCAAACCAGGAGGUCUACGCAGGGUGUCAGCCUAGAGGAUAUUGAGAAGGCAGAAGAAUCACUGAAGUCUGACAACAAGGAUAGCACCGGCACCAGUGGCACAUCAUCGCAGCUGCUGCCUGCUCGCAACUCUGUCAUCUCGAAGGGAAAUGUGCCAUCUGGUAGCGGUGAGAUGACCAGCAUCACAGGGGUGACCACGGCCACCACCACCACCACUACCACCAGCAUUCCUUCUACAGUUGUUGGAGGCAGUGAUGGUGACUUCAAAGAAGACAGAUCUGUCAUGUCUGGUUACCGGCUCAGAGCAGCUGAAGAUAAAAAUGAUUCUGCUGAAGUGUCUAGUACAAGAAGUAACUAUAGGAGAGCCAGAGAAGACAAAGAUAUGAAUGCGUCUACCGGUGUCACUAGCACGUACAUACCACGAAGUCAAAGAACCAGUAUUCAGCCGCCAGCAGACUCAAGUUUGUCUAGUCAAAGUUUGUUGCGGUCCUCUUCAUUACGGGCAAAUCGCCAGGUUGACCAGGUCAUACCUCGAGCAGAGGAAGAGGCAAAAAAAGAUGAAGCAAAUGGUCAGGAAAAGAAAGAAGAGAAGAAAGAGCCAUCAUCUAUUCGAGCAAGGAGACAACGAAGAGAGAGGCGAUCAACUGGCAUUGUUAUGGAUAAUGAGGAUGGAGAAACAAGCAAAGAUAAUAAAACUGAUGAGGACAAAAAGGAAGAUGAUGCAAGGACAAAUAAAGAAAACAAACCAGAAGAGGAUAAAAAAGAUUAU